AUGGCUCUUGGGCUGGCUAACAGAUCUUCUGUACAAGUCUUCAUCGAGACUACUAUUCUCAUCUUUAUAGCAGUCACAGCUCUUGUUGGGAAUUUUUGCGUUCUGUAUGUGUUCCUCAAGUCACCAAACCUGCGUCAAACAACAAGUUAUUAUCAUAUUGCACUUGCUAUCUCCAGUGCAGCGUUAACUAUUCUGGUGCUACCAACAGCAAUUGGAACAGCAGCAAUAGGAGGUGACUACAUUGGUAACCAAGCUGGACAAGUGAUUGGAUUUAUUUUCACAGCUCUAAUACUAGGAUCUCUUUAUACUAUUUCUUUAAUCUCAAUCAAUCGAUUUUUCUGCGUCACAAAACCGUUGGCCUACAGAAAAUAUUUCAAGUACAAGUUCACUAUUUUAACGAUAUGUGGCAUUUGGAUAUUUUGUCUCCUGUUUAUAACGGGAGUUUAUGUCAGCGGGAAAGGAACCUUUAGAUUUUAUCCAGGUCGAUUUUUAUACCUCCUUUCGUUUGAGGACCUCACAACGGAAAAGAUCUUUCGUGCAGUUUUCCAAGUAGUUUUCAUAAUUUUCCCAAUGUGUGCUUCAAUAUUUUGCAGCAGCAAAGUAUACAGGAUUGUCAAAAACCAUAAUGUAAGGGUAGCGUUUAGUUCAAAUAAUGAAGCUACAAGAAACACUAUUCAGAUAUCAAGAAAAGAGAUUCGCAUCACCAAAUCAUUAGUAGCAUUAGUAAGCGGGUUCAUCUUUUGCUGGAUGCCUUGUACAACCAUUUUUCAUAUCGCUGUGUACAUGAACAUUCCUAGAGAAGUUGAAGUAUACUCUAUGUAUACUGCGUUAUCUAGCUUUGCUGUAAAUCCAAUAUUGUUGAAUAUGUUCAAUCGACCUUUUAGAAUGCAGUUUGAGAAUAUUUUCUUUACAUUAAAGGCGAGAAAUGAAAUCGGAGUUCAGCAAGGAAUGACAAACGGAUGA